UCCCGCCAGCUUGCUGAGUCUGACCAGAGAGGAUGGCUGCGCACAUGUGGAGAAUGAAUGGGCUCUUGGGAAGGAUGGCUGGAGUCCUGUUGAUCUGCGCUCUGUUGCUCAGCAACGGUGUGAUGUGUCAAGACGAUGCAGCAACGGACGCCACAGAUGCACCUUCAGCAGAUCCUGGAGACGCUGGUGCUGCUCCAGACGCCUCGGCCGCCCCUGAUGCAGGUGCAGCCCCAGACGCCUCAGCUGCCACUGCAGCAGCUGCAGCUCCUGACGCCUCAGCUGCCCCUGAUGCAGGUUCCGCACCGACCGAUGCUGCAGUCCCUGGAGCUAGCGGGUUCCCAGCAACCAUUGUAAACAUUCCAAUUGAUCCUCAUGGAGGCACCUCAGUGACCAUCGCCCCUGUUGUAAUCGAAGACAAAGACUCCGCCCCUGUGGUUCCAGAGGAGCCCAAAGUGGUGAAAGCCGUUGUGCCUGAUGUGAAGUGUGUUGGAAAGGAGGACAUCCCAGAAAGUGCUGUCAAGGUUUCAGUGGAAACAACUGACUGUGAAGAAACAAAACGCAUCAUUCAGGAGAAUCCGGCGGGCUGGUGCAACAAAGAAAUCUGUAAUCUAGAAAUCGCCCAAGAAGGCAAAACAAUCCAAGUGGCCAGUGGAGAUGCUAAGCUGAGUGCUUUGGCUGACGUGUUCCAGAGUGCUGCUUUGAAAGAGAAGCUUGGCGUGACGAAUGUCGAGACCCCGUCUUCAUCAGGCUCCUCCGUCUUGGCGGGGAUCCUGGUCAGUGGUCUGCUUGCCGCCAUUGGAAUCACCAUUGGCUACUGUAAAUGCCAGCGCAGAGGCGACACCAAGGGAGUGAGGCUGGCUGAGGAGGCCUAUCCAGCAGACCAGGAGAACCAGGGGAACACUCUGGUUUCCGUGGCCCCCCUCAACCCCCCUCCAGAAAACCCGGAGAAACCCAGCGUGAACGGAGAGUCCCCUGAGGCAGCUAAGACCGAGCCUUCUCCUCCUCCCACCAACGGCACCUCCACCACCAAGACAGCAGACACCGAGCUGUGAAAUAGUCCCCGAAUAACUGCGGCUCCCACGAACACACCCAUACCCACACACACAUAAACACACACACAUACACACACAUGCCCCUUUUCUGAAUCCACUCCCGUCCAAACACACGGACUCUGGAGAACUUCAGGGACUCGAGCAAUCCUUUACAUCACUGCUCCUCUUGUUACAGCCUCCAUGUUGCCUCCUCUUUUGGCUUCAUGCCUCAAUACACAUCAGGAAAAGUAGUCUGACGAUGAUGGCGGUGACGGUGAUGAAUGAUGUUGAUGAUGAUGAUGACGAAGGCUCGGUCCCUGGGUUGUUGAGGCUGGGUAUGAGGGACAACAGGAGAUGGGCAGCUCUGGGUGGGAAGAGAGUUAGCAUUAAUCAGCACUGGUUCCAAUGAUGACUGCAGCCUCGUCUCUGCACGUCAUUUGGUUUUUAAAGCUCCAAUAAAUCCUCGACUAGUUAUUUCAGCACAAGCACAUAAAGUUUCUGAGUUUCUUGUAAGGCCACGACAGACACAGAGGAAAUGAAUCACACUGCCUUGAAAUCUGUUUACAAACUUCUCCGAGAGAAAAAUCCAUCGGGCUCUCAUUCGUCUGAUUGAGUCAUAGACUGUAGAAGAAGAAGUGGAUGUAGCCUCCAAUUCUCUGCACAUGCUCCGUGAACCUGCUUUCUUUUAGGCGCCGUUGGCCUCGCAGGUUUGACUCCUGACCUCGGCCGUUUGCUGCAUGUCUUCUCCCCGCUCUCUGCUCCCUGCGUUUCCUGUCACUCUUCAGCUGUCCUAUCAAGUGAAGGCAAAACAUGAAAAAUGCUGUCUUUAAUGGCCAGCAGGGGGCGACACCUGGUCACAGUAAGAACUCUCUUUCUUGUAAACUAGAAUGAAAAUGGACUUUCUUUCCACGCUGCAUUCGGGUUACUUUUUAUUACUUGAACAUUUAGGUGCUUUGCUGGGAAAAUUCAGGUGACACUUGAGCCAACAGGAGAGAAAUUUGGCCUUAGAAUCAAUGCAGACCAAAGAAAACAUGACCUUAUGUUUUAUCCACAUGUAUGUUCCAUUUUAAAUUUCUAUCUGUUUUUUGGCGGGGUUUUGUAUAAGGUUGUAAAGUUUUACAAGCUUGUUGCCAGUGCACAUGAACGCACCACGAUCAGAAAAGCCACCUUGCAACCUUGAGAAAUUGGACCAUCAGAGGAGCACUUGAAUGCAGCAUUAUUACCUCAGUUAACAUUUGUUUAAUGUGUUCAUGAUGUCACUCAACUUUUCUUUCAAACACUAUGAUGCUAAUUUUGUCAAAUAUGGUCCAAUUUAGAGUAAAAUGGUAAAUAGGUUUAAUUUAAAGGUGACAUAUCAUGCAAAAUCGACUUUUUAGUGGUUCUCUACCUGAAAUAUGUUUCCCUGGCAUGUCUACAAACCCCCUGAAAAUGAAAAGAAUCCAUUCUGCCCCUGUUCUGAUUUCUCCACCUUUCUGUAAAUGUGUGCUGAAACGAGCUGUUUCAGUUUUCAGUGUUCUUCAUAUGUCACAACGACAUCCGGUCGAGCUCGGAGCUUGUUCAGCCCAUAGACUGUAUAAAAUACAACUCAACCCCUCCUCCGUUUUUCAUUCCCUGCACACACGUAUGCUAACAAGGAGCUUAGGAGGGAGGCAUGCUAGUUGUAGGCUGUCUUAAUAAACACAAAGGUCAGUUUUACUCUCCAUGUCUGCAGAUUUGAAGAUCUAGUGGAUGAUUUUUAUUUAUCAUGGAAAAGUGCUAGAACUAGUUAGCAUAGCCACAUAGCUACAUGUUCGUCGCUAACACUAAAUCUGUGACCAAUGGUACAGAAAGGUCCUGCUGCAGGCGCCUCUCCGUCAGGAUCAGAUUCUGGAUCAGAUUCAGAGGGUUGAAGUAACGCGGGUCUGUGAGCAGCCAUGUAUAGUCAGCCAACAUGUAAACAUUAGAUCAAAGUGCUGGAGAGCCGAGGCCACAUCCACUUCCUGAGGGGGCGUGGUCAGAGAGCUCAUUCUCAUUUAAAGGCACAGACACAGAAAACAGCCUGUUCUGAGCAGGGCUGAAAAAGAGGAGUUUACAGGCAGACCAAAAUCUGAUUUCAAAGUGUUUUUUGAGCAUAAACUUUAAAGACAUGUUUUUGGGACCUCUUAGACCAAUAUAUUUUAAUGAAAAAGAGCAUAAUAUGUCACCUUUAAGGCGCGGCUACCAACGUUGAAAUAUUGAUUUCCAGUUGUGUGUUAGCGCCCAGGAUAGACUUCAGAUGUGUAUACACCCUUGUCGUUCACUUCCAGUACGAAAAAGAGAGACGUGCAGAAUCCAAAGCUUCAAAAAGCAGGUUCACCAUCCAAUGUGUGAUAUCACGGAGGCUACAUCCACUUCUUUUUAACAGUGUAUGAGUUGAGUCACUGAUAAUGUCAGUGUGAGAGUGUGAAUGUGUGUGUGUGUGUGCUGCUUUUUAAAAAAUCUCGCAUGUGUGUGUAUGCUUGCAUGGACGGCGUGUAUAUCCAUACAUUUUAACUCGCUUACUGUAUGUGCGUGUGGUUUAUGCAAAGCAGCCGACGGUGAUCAGAGUGUGUGUGUGUGCGAGUGACUGAUGAGUCUGAAUGUGCAUGUAACAUAAGCCUUGAAAAAAUGUAGAAUUUUUUGUUGAAAAAAAAAGAAAAAAAAGUUGACAAAGUGAUGGCUCACCAAGCUCUGCUCGGUCCCUACGGUGAGAGCGGAGGAGUGUUGAAGUUAUCACGACACCAUUAUGUCUAUUUGUGUCUUCAUCUGUGAAAUCAGUCACAAAGCAAACAGGCCUCGUUACAGUCGCUGCUGAAAAUCAAGAGACUGGCUGUGUGACCGACAGACUCAAAAAAGGCCUCAGACGCAAAGCAAAUCCAUCCAUUGUCAGUGUUAUUCUCCUCUUCAUAUACUGUAUAUGCUCUUUUUAAUAUCACUAUUCUAUUGAACAGUGUGAAUACUAAGGUAACUUGUUUGUCUUGUUUGUAUUUUGUUUACCCACACUUGUUUUGUUCUGCUUAAGAACCAAAGAAAUCUCAUUUCAUCGCUCAUGUUCUACUAAAAUAUGUUCUGUGGCGCCCUAAUGAAACCGUAUCCAGGUCAUACAACACAAAGAAAUUCGAUUUUGAUGACAUAAAUCACAUUUUGAAAGAUCCCAGGAGGAAAACAUUUCUUUGCAUAAUUUAAUAACAAUUUAAAAUGACUGAAAUACAGUUAAAGUAACAAUUUGAGGACAAAUCUGAUCAAAAAUCCGACCUAAUCCUCAAAGUUUCAACACUAUUUCCAACUUUUUCAACUUUAUCCUCAACAUUUUGACUCUUCUCUUAAAGUGCCACAAAAAAAGCUUCCUCUUUUUAUUUUUGUAACCAUCCCUGGCUCUAAAACUCUCCUGUGAAUUAAAUACCAUAAAGUAAAACUGCAAUGUUUUAAACCAGAGUGAAGAAGAGUGCUCUGGUCUUUUAGAUUUUUCUCUCUAAUUUCAUGUUGUACCUUCUCAUCUCUAACAUUCCAAUGUGACUGUUUCAUUUUACUAGCAGCCUAUAAUUUGAAUUGGAUUUAACAUGAAAAAAUAAAGAAAUGUCUUUUUAUGAA